AUGAUCUCCUCAACCUUCAUCACCCUUGCUACUGCAGCAUCCCUUCUUAUCUCGGGUGUUCAAGCUCAAGGAACCUACCAGGGUUGCGUUGGUGUCAGCUCUACUUUCGAUGACACAUAUCCCCUGACUCCCAAUGGCCCUCAGGCCUGCGCCAACUACUGCACUGCCAAGGGUUACAACUACAUCGCACUCUCUGCACAAUUCUGCUCUUGCUCCAAAGCCGCUCCCACUGUUUCACAGAAGUAUGCCGACUCUGCUUGCGCCUUCGCCUGCGACGCGGACGCAUCGCAAUCAUGUGGUGGCAUGGACCCCAACACUUUCGAGUUCAUCUACUCCGUCUGGCUGUACGGCAGCGGAGCUCCUAUCCAGGCCCCUGCCUCCAGCGCAGCUGGCCCUGCAUCAAGUGCAGCUGCCCCUGUCGCUUCCACAGGCAACGCCGCCGCGGCGCCCAACACUGCCACGACUUCGGCCCUCCCCACUACCACUUCCACGCUGAUUGCCGCCCCCGGGCCGGUCGAUACCACUACCACUGCUCCCGUGAUCCCGGUCAGCUCCGCCGGCGCCUCGGCCGACCCUGCUGUCGUCAACGGCCCCAACAAUUCUGACAUCCCGCCUUUCACGACGGUGACGGACUCGCUGUUCACCACCAGCACCGUGCCCUGCAUCUCUUCCGCCUUCACGCAGAUUGUGGCCGUGACCACGACCGUCCCCUGCUCCGACGGUACCAUGGAGACUGCUGUGGCCAACGUCCCGACCAUUAUCUACUACGACCCGGCCUACAGCACCGUCCGCACGGUUAUCGACCAGACCACCACUCGCUACGUGCUGGUGCCCGUCACUGCUUUCGUGACCGCCACCGCCUCCGGAUCGGGAACCUUCCUCAAUGCCCCGAGCAGCGUUGCCAAUGCGCCCAUCAGCGUGAUCAAUGGCCCCAUAAGCGUCGCCAAUUCCACCACCGCCGCCAACGCCACCACCGCUACCAGCACAGCGGGCGCCACGGGCUCGACCUUUGUCGUCACAGCCGGUGCUGACAAGUCUGCCUUUGGUGGACUGAACGCCCUGGCCCUUGUCAUUGCUGCCAUUGCUGGUUUCGCGCUAUCAUGA